AAUAUAUUUUUAAUCAUGACAAAGAAACAGUUAUGGGAGCAGGGAACCUGUAAAUUGGCACAGGUGCAAAGUAUUGAAGGAUUGAAAAUGAUCGUAAAAGUUGUUGGUCUGGCAAAGCGUUAUAGGCAGGUGCACCAAGUCAACUUGGAGGAUACGCAUGAUGCAGAUGCCAAUUGCGAUGGUCCCGACUUGGAUUUCAUUUAUGCAGAUGUCGAUACCUAUCAGAAUGAAAUUGCCGAGCUUUAUAGCUACACGGAAUACAGUGAAUUCCAAAUGAAUGUCAAGGCAUUCGAGGAUCAAAUGGAAUUAUACAAUCUGCCGCCCAAUUGGCAGAAGCAAGAUGCCAAAUCCCAAAGAAGCAUCGUAAUGAAGCUAAUUGAUCAGCUGGAAGUGUCAAAUCGUGAUUUUCGUAUGCAGGCAGCGAGAUGUAUUUUAUAUUUGGCUCAAGGAUGUUGGGCAGAAGUGCAAUCGGAUGAGGAGCAACACCAGAAUACCAGAGACAAUGUACUUGCCCUCUAUCAACUAGGCGUGUUCGCAUCGUUUAUAGAUUUGCUCAAUAUGGAAAUUGAGUCCGCCUGCUCGCCGGACAUUGUGGCUGUGAAAAUCACAAAUGUCACUCUGGUCGACUCCACAGAUAUUCGUGUGAUAUUGUCGGUCCUGUACAUUAUAACGGAGACAAUACGUGAUGAGCGAGAGAAGGGCAGCGAGGAUUAUAAAGAAGUGUCCGAGUCAUUUGUACAAGAGAUUAAUUCUCCACUGGCCGAUGGUGAACUGUUAGCUGUCAAAUUACUGGGCAUGAUUACCCGAUUCUGUAGUGGGGCAGCUCCACAGUUCCCCAUGAAGAAGGUUGUGCUUUUGCUGUGGAAAGUAUCUCUGCUGGGUCUGGGUGGCAUGGAUGUUUUGAAGAACUUAAAAAACGAGUAUAGGCUAAAGGUGGGCCUGGAACUCAUCACCGAAGACACUUUGGAGGUGACUAAGAGUAUGAGAGCUAGUUCACCACCAGCUACGGCUACAGAUAUACUGGAAAACCAGUAUCCAAAACGAAAUUUCAAGCGAUCGCUUAUGAAGCAGCGUUUCCUUGAUGAGCCCGAACAAAUUGACAUGGAAUUAAGUGGAAACGAAACUGGAUCCGCCAAUCCAAAUGCCAACAACUCGAAUGCUAACAACGGUAGCGGCAAUGGCGAAGAUGAGCUCUCGCAGUACUAUCGGCCCUUCGAUGAUCCCUCGUCGGGCACUUCCUCCUCCAGCACUGCCACGGCCAAUCCCAAUAAUCAGCCAAGUCAUACGCAACCUCCUACAGCUGUGCCUCCUAUACAGAUGACAGCUCGCCUGCCCUGGACACCGAAAGUUCGACAAAAGGAUAUCGAUCAGUUUUUAGAUAUUUCUCGAAACAAAUUUAUUGGCUAUUCUCUGAUUGGUGACCAUGAGAGUCUGGCUGGCCUCCCGCAGCCCAUACACGAAGGAUUUAAGACCCUGCAACGACACAUGUAUGUCAGUCUGGCCGAUGUGCAAAUCAAAAAAGAGGAAGAUAUCGCCAGAAAUCCUAUUUCCACACAUGAGGACGAGAUUAAAAUGACGCCGGCCGAGACUUUGUAUCAAGCCAUAUUGCCCAAUCUACCGCAAUAUAUGAUAGCCCUGCUAAAGGUCUUGCUGGCUGCUUCGCCCACAUCCAAAUCAAAGACGGAAAGCAUUAACAUAAUGGCCGAUGUCUUGCCGAAGAAAAUGCCAUUGACGGCCACCCAAUCUACCAAGCUGACUGUAGACAUGGGUCGACACAAGGAGAUCAUUGUUAAGGCCGUGUCGGCUAUUAUUUUACUGUAUCUUAAGCACUUUAAAAUUAAUCAUGUCUAUCAAUUUGAGUUCAUGUCGCAGCACUUGGUUUUUGCCAAUUGUAUUCCAUUGGUCCUGAAAUUCUUCAAUCAAACAAUUACCGAGUAUGUGAAUACCAAGAAUUCCAUUCCUCUGUUGGACUUCCCAUCGUGUGUGAUUGGCGAACAGCCGGAUUUGAGUGGCGAUAGCUUUGUCUACGGUGGUGAAAUGUCCGACAAGCCGUAUUCAUGGCGCAAUGUAUUUUCCUGCAUUAAUCUUCUUCGAAUUCUCAACAAGCUGAUCAAGUGGAAGCAUUCGCGGGUCAUGAUGCUGGUCGUCUUUAAAUCGGCACCCAUUCUAAAAAAGACUCUCAAAGUGCGGCAUGCCAUGAUGCAGUUGUAUGUGCUUAAGCUGCUCAAAAUGCAGACCAAGUAUUUGGGACGACAGUGGCGUAAAUCCAAUAUGAAAACCAUGAGCGCCAUUUAUGCUAAGGUCCGGCAUCGUCUCAAUGAUGAUUGGGCGUUCGGCAAUGAUCUCGAGUCGCGUCCCUGGGAUUUUCAGGCUGAGGAAUGCACACUGCGGGCAUGUGUUGAUCGCUUUAAUCUAAGAAGAUACCCGGAGGCAACACAAAAGUGCGGAUCAGGAGGUGCUGGCGGUGGCGGCGGAGCUGGUGGCAAUAAUGGCACUGCUGCCCAAAAUGCUGAAAAUGCCCAGCAAUCAAAUAUGAAUGCAGGCAAUGGUCACAACGGCGGUGACUCUAAUGGUUAUGGCAAUAAUGGCUCAGGUGGUGGUGUCGGGGGCGUUGGAGGCAAUAAUGUUAACCAUCAGCAGCAGCAGCAACUCCAUGACUAUGGAGUGGAGGGUGGCUUUCCAAGUGAUGAGAUCUUAACACAUUCAGAUUUCGCAUUCUUUGGCCAUUCGGGUUGGUGGGAUCGUAAAGUGGAACUAACCGAUUACUUUAAGGCCAACUAUGCUGUGUGGCUCGAGGAGGAGGUGUACAACAAUCAAACCGAUUGGGAUGCCCUCUAGAUGGGCAUUGUGCCGCUGCCCCGUGGAUCCAAAGAUCAUCGCGCCCCCCUCACAUUUGAAUCACCCCUAUGCAUAUAUAAGCAAAAAGUUAUUAACUACCAUAAAGUCUAAGCUUAAAUAUAAUAAAACAAAAAUGAACCUAAUGCAUUGAUAUAAUCCAUGUAGCAGCCGAUCUGGAACGUCUGGCCGUGUGUCUGGAACUAAAUAAAAUUGGCUAUUGGCAGUUCUUUUCCUGACUCUUCACUCAAACAUACUCUAAUCGAUGAUGAAAACAUAACAAAAAAAAAAAAUAAUAAUAAUAAUGCCUGUACAUUUAAUCAUACCUACUUAAUAAUUAAUAUAUUUAUUAUUUCUGUUCAACAAAAAAAAAAACAAAAACCGAUAACAAACACAAGCGACAACAACAACAAAAAAGUAGAGAAACCGUCUCCGAAGCGGAAUAAAAAAAAAAACAAUUUACUAAUGAAAAAUCUAAAAAUAUGUAAAAGUAAAAACACGGAGAUUGAUUCUGAUCUGGAUCCAUCAUUAAUUCAA